GAAGAUAGCUGAGCGAAGAGGAACGCCGUGCAUAGCGCCCAGUUGAAAGCUUUCGUACUGAUCGUGGAGUUUACCCUCAUGCUACUGGUCCACAGCGCUGCGAUGGCGGCUUGCUGGUGUACGUUGCGACGGCGAGCACGCCCAGCGAGACAUGUAUAAGAUGCGUACGCUGCCACUUGCUGCGAUGCGACGAAGAGCGAAGGUCCUUCAGUAUCGUCUGUCAUUGCGGCUGCAUAACCUCAUAGUGUCAACAUAUCUCUUCUCCAUCAUAGCUUGUAUCUGCAAGUUAUGCCUCUUCUGCACAGCGAGAGAUCCGCUCUAUCGCCACUGCAUAAGGGGACCCCGGUCUCCCAUACGAUGCAAGACGAACCUAACAAACCACGUCUUACCGAACGCGACCACAUGCUGCGUCGCUGGAUGGAGGACAAGUUUGCAUACGAAGCAUUUCUUGUGGGCGCGCAGUUUAACGGAAUCACUAAGGAAGACGCCGUACGUACAAAGACGUCAUCUGGUGGAAGCUCGGCGGGCCUAGUCUACACACCGAGCAACUCGACAUACAUCGGUCUUCAGCCAGUAGCGCUGGCCGGGAACCAUGACGCUCGUACUCGCUAUCAGCCGUGCCGUCGCCGGACGUUGUGAAUCGCCGAGCAUCCAUACAUCGGCGACUUCUGCAAGGGGGCGGAGUCAGAGGAUAGUGUCAGAUAAUUAUUUUGAACCACGCUGGACGAUGCGGGAUGGGUUCCACCCUU